CAUGCUGACGACUUUGACAAUGAUUUACACUCAGGCAUUUGUGCAGCCUCCUCGGGUCCUGAGUCGGGCUGUGAUAGGUCUGGAGUUCAUUGGUGCAGUCAGUCUCCUUCAGCUCGUCCUCCAACCGGUGACGCCUGGUUCUGCCGCACGGUGUGAGGAACAUCUCCGAAAAAGUCACUUUAGUUUACCACUAACCCCGUCUUUUACCGAUACAAUGGCUGUGCCUCCCUCAUACGCGGACCUGGGCAAGUCUGCCAAGGACAUCUUCAACAAAGGCUAUGGAUUUGGCCUGGUGAAGCUCGAUGUCAAGACAAAGUCAGCCAGUGGAGUGGAAUUCAAAACAUCUGGUUCCUCCAACACUGACACCAGCAAAGUUGCCGGCACCCUGGAAACUAAAUACAAGAGGUCAGAAUAUGGCCUGACUUUCACUGAGAAGUGGAACACCGACAACACCUUGGGAACAGAAAUCACCGUUGAAGAUCAGAUUGCCAAAGGUCUGAAGUUGACAUUUGACACAACCUUCUCACCAAACACUGGCAAGAAGAGUGGCAAAGUUAAGACCGCCUACAAGCGCGAGUACGUUAACGUGGGCUGUGAUGUCGACUUUGACUUUGCUGGCCCCACCAUCCACGGAGCUGCCGUCGUGGGCUACGAGGGAUGGCUCGCUGGUUACCAGAUGAGCUUCGACUCUGCCAAAUCCAAAAUGACCCAGAACAACUUCGCCAUUGGCUACAAGACAGGAGACUUCCAGCUGCACACCAAUGUCAAUGAUGGGGCCGAGUUCGGUGGCUCCAUCUAUCAGAAGGUCAGUGACAAGCUGGAGACAGCAGUCAACCUGGCAUGGACCGCUGGCAGCAACAGCACACGCUUCGGUAUCGCAGCCAAAUACCAGCUGGACAAAGAUGCCUCCAUCAGUGCUAAAGUGAACAACAAUAGCCUUGUUGGUGUUGGGUACACCCAGACUCUGAGACCUGGUGUGAAGCUCACUCUGUCUGGCCUGGUGGAUGGAAAGAACAUCAACGCAGGCGGCCACAAGCUGGGUCUGGGCCUGGAACUGGAAGCCUAAGCUUUCCUCAUACUGCAAGGGACUAGGGAAUAUCAGAAGAAUCUGGCCUUAAAUGUGUGUCCAACUCAAACCAGCACGGGGAUAUUAUGGAGAGAUUGGUUCAAAGGCUACUGCAACAAACUCUUGAGUACCACAUCAAGUCGGUGCUUUUGUCAUUGGUACAUUUUACCUUUGUUGCUUUUUACUUUGUAGUUGCAACUUUUCAAGAGACAGUUGUUGGCCUGUUAUUUAUAUAUCAUGUCAUUGUUCCUGUCCAGCACUGCCAUAAUAAUCUGAUCAAUACAAUCCCUAUGUCUGUCAUCAACUGUGUGGCUUCCUUGUGAUAACCCCAGACACUCCGUUUUUCUUAUUAUUUUUUUUUUAAUGUGAGAACAUUAGUUCACGGAUUUGUGUGGUGAGAGUGGUCAUACUUUCCCUAUGAUUUUUACAGUCACAACUAUCUGAUAUUCCUUUGUCAUCUGAACAGUUUUCAUUUGCAAAUCCUUAAAAGUACACUAGAUUUAUUUUCAGCUAAUAUUUAAGCACUGUUGCACCCUUCCUGAUCAUGCACACAAGGACAAGCUACAGCUCUGUAAUAUUGUUUUGCGUUGGCCAUGAGGGUUUGUGAUAUUCAGAUUCCCUUAAACUGGACAGUUUUCGGGUGCCUGAAGGUGGUCUGUAAUUUGGGUUACAUGGCCGACCAAGCAGAAUUCGGAGGUGUUCAUUCUAACGGAAACCUUGGGUGUAAUAAAUGUUCACAAUAAUGCCAAACUAAUUAUCCGAAAGAAGUGUAACUGCAAGUUGCACAUAUGCACUCUCGGAAGUGCUUCCCUGUACUGGGCGGCGAUGGAGCCCACAGGAAGUCUUGGAGGUCCUUAUGUGUAUGUACGAGUUUUCAAUAAAGUCUUUGAACUCCA